AUGUUGCAGCCCAUGGAGGAAAUGAUACUACCACCUAAACGACAAGCUGUUGUCGAUCGUCUUAGGCGGAGAAUAGAAACAUACAGGCGACGGCAAUCGGAAUGUGUGCCAAGGUUCGACCAGUCGUUCAGCGGCGCGUGUGAACAGCAAAACUUGGAGACGAGUGCUCUACAGAAGCGCUUUCUUGAGGGCAAAGCGAAGCGCCAGGCCAAGAAGACAGAUAGGAAACCGGACUUGCCAGCGAUAAGCAGUAAUCUGCACAGCAGCGUGCAUGUGAGCUGUCAACAAAAGUUUGGAUGCGGCGACUACGAACCACCUGCGAAAUUGCAAUGCGGCGGCAACACCGGCGGAAUCGGAGCUGGCGAGGCGCUUACGAAAUUUUCCGUAGAAAUAGUACAGCAGCUGGAAUUCACAACGUCUGCUGCGGACUCUCAGCCGCAGCAAAUCAGUACAAACGUGACGGUGAAGGCCCUCGCCAAUGCCGUGAAAACCUCUGGCUCUCCGCCGCCUCAGCAACCGCCGCGGAUCCCGACGCCACUCGACUGCGAACGCGAGUGUAAAGCUGAAUGCAAAUCCGAAGUGGCAGACGAUGAAUUCGUCGGCCUCGACGAGUGUGCUGCUGCGCUAGAAAGAGAUGCUGCAUCAGCAUUCCCCGGACUAGCGGAACUGAUCGGAGAAGAUGACGGCGACGACACGUUUGAAGAUCUCAUUACAGAAAUAUCUGAAUAUCCUGAGUUUAUGAAGGAUUUCGACCUCGACGCUGGCAAAUUGAACGGUGGAAAUAUUGGAAGUUUGGAGCCCUCCGAGGGUGAGCCCGCGCCCAGGCCAUACGGUGCCGGGGAGAUGUCGCCGGCUGCGCAGACGUUGAAACAUAUGGCGGAGCAACAUCAGCAAGCGACUGGUGGAGAUUGGGCGCGCUAUCGGGGCUACGGCAGCUACCGACCGCGACCUGCGCAACCAUCUAUGGACCAUCUACAUAUGUCACAACAGCAACAGUUGCAUCUGACGCAACCUCAUCACAAUCUGCAGGUAUCAGCAGCGCAGCAUAUGCAAGUAAGUGGAGGAGGCGGUCAUGUAUCGGCAGCAGCUCAGCAAGGAAUGUAUGCAACCUUCCACAAUCAGAGCACUCCAUCACCGCAACAUCACCAGGGUAGUGGAUGUGAUUCGUACAAUGUGUCUCAGUCGCAGAGUAUGAACUUCUCCCAGGGCAUGCGAGCAAGGCCUUCAGCGCCCGCGCAGCAAAACGCCCAGGGAACACAACCGCCUCUUGGCAUCGCGGCAGCGGGUAUUUCUCGCGAGCAGCAAGCGAAGAUGUUGCAACAGCAGCAGCAGCAGAUGCUGCGUGCUCAACAGCAGCAGAUGCGACCGCCGCCACCGGAAUACAAUAAGGCGCGAUUCGUGAACGCGGGCGUUAGACGUGCUGCGCCGCCUCGGCCCGCGUUCCCGCCUCACGCGAGGCACUAUUCACCGGAUUGGCGACACGUGCUCAUUCAGCAACAGUCAGCUAGACAACAGUUUCCGCACCAUCACCAAAGCUUUAAUAUGGGCAACAUGGGUGGAAUGAGUAACGUGAGCAGCAUGUCGCAACAGCAGCAGCUGCAGAUGCAGCAGGCGCGGUUGCAGCAACAGCAGUUGAUGCAGCAUCAGCAGCAAAGGGCGUCCAGCCAACAGCAGUCGCCAAUGACACAUCUAAUUAUGCAGCAGAAUCAAAUGAUGAGCGUUCAAGGACAGAUGCCGAACAUUCAUAUGAAUCAGUCACAGAGUAUGUCGAUGCAACAGCCCGGCAUGGGCAGCAUGGGUGGUUCGCAUCAGGGCAAUCCCAUGCAGAACGGGCCCAUGCAACCGAUGCACGCGCAGAGCAAUCCCAUGCAACAGAAUAGCAUGAUGUCGCAGAAUGGGCAGCUCCAAAGCCAAAACGGCAACGCGAACCAUUCCUUCCCCUCACUCCACACGUCUUCCUUUACGGGACAAACGGCAGAUUUUAAUCUGGACUUCUUAGACAAUAUGCCGUCUUCGGAUACUAGUAACCUAACAGCGCAGGAACUACUUAAUUCUCUAGAUAACUCCUUCCUUAAUGAUAUACUUUAA